UUUCAAGAUCAAACGAACGCAAAGCGAAUUUUCCUUCUCGCCUGUUCAGUGUUACUCGAACAUUUGAAUUGACAGUUUUUUUUCUGCAAUUAACCCAAAAAAAAUGCAUAAUGCAAGCGACGGUAUGUUGACGUUAUCAACGAUCGUCUGGGGCGGAAGUUUGUUGGUCGUGGCGUUUAUUGUGAAAUCCUUGUUCGAAAAAAGGCGAAUAUUCCAGUUUGCCAGGAACCACGGCGGGUACCGCUUUUAUCCAGUUAUCGGCAACGGAUAUCACAUUAUUGGAAAAAAUAUUUUCCAUGCCAUACAGGGCAUAAUCGAUAAAUUCGGUUUGCCGUGUAACAUGUGGCUGGGACACGAUUACCACUAUAUAACAGCGGACGCAGCCGAGAUAAAAAUCAUCCUGAACCAUCCCAACACUUUUGAUAAAGCGACGAUUUACGGAAACCUGGAGUUGGCAUUUAACCAGUCGCUACUAUUGGCCCCAGUCGACUUGUGGAAGAAAAACCGAAAGUACCACGCGAGGAGUUUCAGUCAGCCGGUCCUGAACACUUUCGUGCAAUUCUUUUACAAAAAAAGCCAAAUUCUUGUCGAUACGGUCCUGAGGGACGCCCAUAAGAGAGACACUUUUGAAAUUUUCGAAACGUACACUUUUGACAGUUUUUGCGAGAGCAUCAUCGGUUUUGAUUACGAUUUACAAGUGAAUCCUAAAUGUAAUUUAGUGGAAUGCGUUGGGGAGAUCCAGGCUCUUGGCGGUAAAAGACUGAUCACGUAUUUUUAUUAUCCAAUGAUCUUAUGGGUGUUAUCAAGCGAGGGCAGAAGGGUCGUAAAAUGUAUCAGGCAAGCGAUCAAGUUUGUGUUGCAAGCCAUAAAAGACAAACGGAAAAUAUUCGCCGAUAGUCCAGUGAUUUGCAGUUCAGCCCUACCGCUGCUGGAUUCCAUGCUAGCCGCUGGGGAUAAGUUUACUGAUAAGCAAAUAAGCCAGGAAAUGUUUCUGUUUACUACUGCGGCCACAGACACGUCUGGAUACACUUUGGCUUACUUCUUCACCAUGCUUGGGAUGCAUCCGGACGUCCAGAGAAAGGUGUACGAAGAAGUGAUAUCAGUGGUAGGUAAAGAGAGACCCAUCUAUUUUGAGGACUUACCUAAUCUAAAAUACACCGAAAGGGCCAUUUUCGAGGCGAUGCGCAUCUUACCGGUGGUCCCGUUUUUGGGAAGGCGUGCCACAGCCGAUACGGAUUUAGGUGGUAAAAUUAUACCCAAAGGCUCCAACAUAAUUAUCAGCACGUUCGACUUGCAUAGGAGCGAGAAAUAUUGGCCGGACCCUCUUAAGUAUGAUCCCGAUCGGUUUUUACCUGAAAAAGUGGCCCAGAGGGAUCCCUAUACUUUUAUACCGUUUUCAGGAGGACCUAGAAACUGCAUAGGUAAAACUUAUUCGAUAAUGUUAAUGAAAACCUGCGCAGCCAACGUGGUACGAAACUACGAAAUGUCCUCGCCGUAUAAAUCGGUGCGAGACCUGCAACUGAAAUCUUGCAUCACCAUGAGGACCAUGCAUCCCCUAGAGUGCCACUUUAGGCCCAGGAAUUGUGACUAAAAAUAAUUAAUAAAUUAAUUUUUAACAGUU